AUGAACAAAAUCAUUGAUAUAGUGUUAAAGAACUUUUGUAAUGAUCAUAGAAGAAAUCUUAUGGAGCAAGAAAUUUACAAGUUAUUUAUUAGUCAAUGUAAAAAUAUUGAAUAUUUAUGUUGGACAACUCAUCAGCCUUUAACUUUAUUUCCAAGAGCAUCAAUUUUCUUCUCUCAACUCUAUGAGUUAUAUAUUGAUAUUGAUUCUGUGAAUUCUGAUGCUCUUUAUGAGUUAGCACAAAUUUGUAAAGAUUUAAAUACUUUAUCUAUCAAUAGUUUUUGUAGUAUUCCUGAUAUAUUUUACUUGAUUGAUGCCCAGAGGAAUUUAAAAAAACUAAAUAUUUAUACAGAGAUUGAUGAAAAGACUGGCAAAGAACUAAGCAAAGCAUUAGCAAGAAAUAGAACUAUUAUAAAUGAUCUUCAUCUAAACUCAAUUUAUAAUAUUGUACUUUCAUCUUUAACAACACUUGUAAAUCUAAAAAAGUUAACAAUUUUUCAUUGGGAAAAUUAUGAAAAAAUUCAACAAUACCUUGCAAUUUAUGAAUUUCCAAACCUUCAAGAACUAACAUUAAUAGAUGGUCAUUUACUUAGCUUUAAAGAGAUAUCUUUAUUAAUUGAAAAAACUAUAGGAAAUAUUACAAGAAUCAUUAUAACUACCAAUAAAACUGCUAAAGAAGCAGGAAUUUUAAUUAAAGCAAUUUCUGAUAAUUGCCCAAAGAUUAAUGAUUUACGUACAUAUAUUGAACCUAAAGAUUUUAUUCAUAUAAAAUCAUUAUUAUUAAAUUGUAGGUCUUUAAAUGCAAUAAGUUUAAAUAGUUUAGAAUUUUUUAUAAAUGAAAAUGAUAAUAAUAUAGGAGAUGAAUUAUUAUUUCAUUUUCUCCAAAAUCUUUAA